UCCGGCAGGCCCGCUUCCCCGAACUCUUCCAGGCUCCCGCCUUCGCCUGCUUCCGGUUGUCGUCGUCGCCGCUGCUGCCGCUGCUGCUGCUGCUGCUGCUGAAGCUGCUGGCGGAGGCCGGAGGAUCGGGCGGCGGCGGCGGCGGCGGCUGAAAGGGCGGCGGCGGGAGCGGAGCGGGACAAGGGAAAGAGAGGGAGCGUGCCAGGAACGAGUGUAGCGCGUCCAGCCGCGCCCGUAGUUCCGCCCGCCUGGGGAACCGGAGCAGCCCCGGCCCCGCAGCCGCCGCCGCCGCCCGCCUACCCGCCGGACAAAGCCCGAGAGCCCGCGUCCAGAGCCAUGUCCUCGUCCGCCGGCAGCGGCCACCAGCCCAGCCAGAGCCGCGCCAUCCCCACCCGCACCGUGCCCAUCAGCGACGCCGCGCAGCUACCUCAUGACUAUUGCACCACGCCCGGGGGGACGCUCUUCUCCACCACGCCGGGAGGAACCCGAAUCAUUUAUGAUAGAAAGUUUCUGUUGGAUCGUCGCAAUUCUCCCAUGGCUCAGACCCCGCCCUGCCAUCUGCCCAAUAUCCCAGGAGUGACUAGCCCUGGCACCUUAAUUGAAGACUCCAAAGUAGAAGUAAACAAUUUAAACAACUUGAACAAUCACGACAGGAAGCAUGCAGUUGGGGAUGAUGCUCAGUUUGAGAUGGACAUCUGACUUCCUGCAAGGAUCAGAGGAAAUGCAGCAACACUGACACGUGUGCACCUGAUUUGGCCAACAGGAUCAACAUGGAAAAGACAGAAGAGGCAGCACCAGCAGUCCCCUUUGCAUUUCUCCACCUCCUCCUCUUCCUCCGGUGCCAAAUGAUGAGAUGAGCUUCAUCUGACCAUAUCCUCUCCCUGUUUCGUGUUCUCCUUCCCAGUUAGAUAGAUUACAUUGACAGCCCUUAGCAUAUUUCUGUAGAACUAAGCAGCCCACAGAGGAAAACAGUUAAAUUCUGGCUCCCCUGGUCAUUUUUCCAUUGAGACUGCCCCCCACCCACCCUUUUUUUUUUGUCUCAAAUCUUAUUUACAACCUACCAAUAACCACCUGACUGGGGAAUUGGGGAAGGGAUACAGAAGUUUGAUGGGUUCAACAUUAUUCAUGUCUCACCUUCCUGUAUCCCACUUGUGGUUCAGUCCUGCAGGAGUCUGGGUUCAGAAUCUUUAAAACUAUUGACAAAAAUAAUGAACAAAAGGAGAGCUGCUUUCCUUCUGACCUUGGGGUGUUUGUCCUUAGGGACAGAGCAGUUUGUGCAGCUCUGGUAGCGUUACUCUCUGCUUCCCCUCCUUCCUCUGGAAGGAAUGUCUUGCAUCUUUAGUACUAUAGUUCAUCUUCCCAUUUCUUUACUUAGCGCAUUUGUGCAAAAAAUUUAAAACUCUUUACAUCAGAGGGAAGCCUUAGUAACCAGCUAUUCUUUCCUCUUCUCCCAUUCCUCUCUGCUUGCCAUCUGAUUGCUCUGGAGUCCUCUUGAACUCGGAAAUAUCCAGGUGACUUUCUCUGCUCCCAGAGCAGGUCUAUACCAAGUAAUAGAGAGAGGCACUUUGGCCUCCACUUUUUGGAUAAGGCCUGAGAUAAUGUUGUGCCGGAUAAUAAGAAUGACCUCUGAAUAGCAUUGAACCAUUUGAGUACCCAGUCUCUGCAGUCACUGUUUUACAAUCCAAUGGGCAUUGGGAUGUUUAUUGCCUUGCAUUACAGUUUCUUAUAUUUUGAAUUUGAAAUUGACUUUCAGAACUUUUUUUUCUUUUGUGGACCUGCUUUGUUUGGCUGCUGGGAUAGAUAAGCAUGGGCUGAUAAACAUGUUCUUCCCUGUUUUCUUAUUUCCCAUUGUACUCUGAAUUUUCCCUGUCUUACCCCCCCACCACCACCACCUCCUUUCCUUCCUUUUUCUCAGCCAACCCAUUUUUCAAAUUCACAUCUAAGGUACCUCAAGUGUUGGUAUCUGAUAUGUGUCAUUCCUCUUAUCUGAGGAGUGACCGUUUAUUUUUAAAAUGACUACAGACCUAUUUUUAGAUAUGUUUUCAGUACAACUCUGAACAGCAACUUUUUAAUUAAACAUCUUCCAGUGUUAGGAGGUGAGAAGUGUCUGUGGAAGAGUCUGCUGCUCUGUGUCACCAGCCUUUGUCCCCCAGCCCUCAGGAGCGCUUUCCUUCCCCUCUGGUUCUGGGCGUGAAUGUUUAGAGUUAGUAGUGGGUGGUUUGUGAAACUGGACUAUCCUUCCUGGCUGUGGGUCGAUCGUGAAAGCCUCGUUCUUUUCUUGCUCCUUUGCUUUUUUAUUCUCUGUCUUCCCUACUCCGCUGUCCUAUGACUGUCGACUGGCACAAUAAUCUCAGAAGUGACUGCCCUCAUACAAAGACAAAUCCAUCCCCGCAUAAGAAAGACCAGUGAAGUAGCCACUGGUGUCUUUGGAAUUUCUAGUUGAAUUUGGUGCCCUGACCCUCUUACUAAGAGAUCAGAUAUCAGGGUGAGAGUAACAGUACAAUUGGUUAAGCAAGAAAACCAUUUUUCUUUUGACCCAUGAAGAGUCUAUUUGUAAAUACAUUUUAGAAGGGAGAAGGAUGUCUGAGGAAUUUUUUUGUGCUUUCUGCUACAAAAUGUGAGUAGUUCAAACAGUGAAAACCUUUUGUGAUGGUUGAUGCCUCUCAGGAAUAAGCUGGAUCUCCAGUGUUUUGGGGAUGCUUUGAGUCCCAAAAUUUGAUGACCAGAAAAGUAUUUUUGUUUGUUUGUUUAAUAUAUCCCUGUUCUGAUUUUAAUUAAAAUCCAAAUUUCACUUUACAUACUCUUGGAAAAUUUUAAGUUGCACUGUAAUUUGCAUAAGAAGCUUGCUCAGGACAGCACCUCUUUGGCACUUGGGGAGCUUGAUUCUGCGAAUGGAGCUUUUCAUUCUUCAAACACUGGCUUGGGCAUCCUGUGGAAUCUUGACUACAACUAGUAGCUACUUCAGUCUUAUCAGUUAGCAGAAGUCCCCUUGAUCUUUACCCCUGCAAAUGAAAACUUGGCUUCAUCUCUGAACAAUGGGGAAUGCGUGGAUUUAAAACACAAGACAUUGAAUAGUAUCAAGAUGCCAUUUUGCCCUCUCUUGGGGAAUUUCUGCACAUUGCCCCCUAAUCAGAACAUAGGUUUCUAGUAAUUCUUCGGAGUGCCAGCUGUAUAUGACUGCAGUGGCCAAAUCCCUUUUUCUUCUCUGCAUGGACCUCCUCACUGCUUGCUGCAGUUCUUUCCUGGAGGCUACCACUACUAGAGAUGCUGGGAUUGCCAUAAAUCAGCACUUUAAAAAUGGUUCCACAAGGCAAGAGAUAAACUUACAAUAGAUGUCAUUUUUGUGUUAUGCCUUAUAAAAUCAUUUUCAGGGCAAGCUGGAGUCCAUUAGUUGGUUUUCUUCUGGAUGUUUGGCAGGAAACUGACAGGUGAAGCCCUAAAUGAAUAAUCUAUCUUGGCUUUUUCUUGGGGAACACCUUCAGGGUACCAUUUGAAUGAGAAGGUUCUUAAAAUCUCAGUUACCAUUUGUACUUUUCUCUUAUGAGGAAACCAUGUUUCUGUGCUUCUGGGGCAAUCAGUCUUAGUGAGAAAUGACCUCUCUCCACAUUCCUGCAGGAGAUAUGCAUUGUCUUUAGGGGGUGGUUCAUUGAGUGUACUACUUCCUCAUAUUUUGAUUUAAUGGUAUAUUUUUCUUGAGAACACAGGUGUAGAGAAACUGGCUUUAGGUAUUGGUCUUCCAAGUCAAGGGUUUUGUUCUUCCAUCUGUAUUAGUUAUCUAUUGCUGUGUAACAAAUUACCCCAUAACUUAAUAUCUUAAAACAGCAGACAUUGCCUCAUGGUUUCUGUGAGUUAGGAGUUUGGGGUGGCUUAGUGUUGUGGUUUUGGCACAGGAUCUCCUGGGGCUGCAGUCCUCUGAGACUGUGAUCUGCUUCCAAGCUCUUUUUAUGGCUAUUGGCAGGAUGCCUCAGCUUUUCAUCAUGUGUGUCUAUCCAUGGGGCAACAUGAGUGUCCUCACAACAUGGCAGCCGGCUUCCCCUAGAGCACAUGGUCCUCCAGAAAGAGGGCAGUGCCUUUUAUGACAUAGUCUCCAAAAUAACAGUCCCUUUCUCUUUAUUCCAUUCCUUAGAAACAAGCCACUAAGCCCAGCCUAUACUCGAGGGGAGGGGAAUUAUCCUUCGCCUCUUUAAUGGAGCAGUAUCAAAGAAUUUGUCUCCAGCAGGACACCCUGUCCCCAACAGGACAAAACCAGGUCAACAGGGAGGUGCGUUUAAACUAAAUGAUAUGCUGAGAGAGAUAUUACUACUGAAAACAAUUCUUUUAAGAUGUGGUCACCAAACUGGGAUAGAAGAUAGGCUUUCUGUCUUCCCCAGAAUACAUCUGCUGUUUUUGAGAGGGAUGGCAAGAAAGGGCAACUCCCAGAAGUAUAGUAUCAAUACAUCUGCUGACUACCAGCAACCCAAGGACACUUAUUUGCAAGUCCUAGGCUUUGUGUCACUUAUAGUAAUGGCUAGGAAUUGACAGAGAAAGGGGAAUAGAUCCUAACAACUGAGCCACUAAAGCUGAUUUAAUUGGAGUCCAGAUUGUCAAGCAAAGGAAGCACAGUGAAUUCGAUGUUAGGUUAUUGGGCGGAAGAAAGGAAAACAGUUUAGAUUCAGAAUGAAACAGAUAAUGGUAUUGGGAAGCCAGGUCCCCACCGGAGUCAGUGCCUGGUACAUGGACUUUCCAACCACACCAGCUUAAAUAGAUAGGUCAGGUCUCUUACCCAAGAAACAACUUCUCAGUAAAGUAGGGAAAUCUGGGAAUUAAAAAUGUUUGGUUGUGCUUGAUUGCUCCUUUAAAUCCAAUGUGCAAGUUAACCCCACGUGCCUACCUCGUUCCUGGCUUCCUGAUGGAAAUGUACUAUCAAAGAGAACCAGUCUUGUCUUAAUCCUCAAGAGAAAUUUAAAUGAGACUUGUCAGUUCAGCAAAUUCUUUUCGAAUGUCUGCUACAUGUUUCUGGGCACCCAUUCCUAACCAAGUUUUUAGAUAUUUUAGAUAUUUCAGACAUCUUGAAGAUGCAAAUUCUUGUUUAUAUUUAGGCUCUGCCUCUUCCCAGCUUCUUCCUCUUUGUAGUCCUGCUUGCUUUAGAGUGUACUUGAUAAGAGGUAUCACUGCUGAGGCAGCUAUAAGAAAGGUACUUCUCCCAGAAGAAAGGAACUCAUUUUUAAAGGACCUCAAAUGGAUUUUGUUUUUCCUUCUGAAUGGUCUUCUUUUUUCUUUCUUUCUCCUCUAUUGGGGUUACCAGCUCUUUGGUACUCUUAGACCUUACCUUCCCAGUUUAACAUGUUAAGUCCCACAUUUCCAUUAGAAUGCAACCUGAUGGGUUUCACCCUGGGAGUCCACCCUUCAGCUAGUAUAUAUUAAUUAAUGCCUGCUUUGAAUCAAGACACCUGGUAAGGGGCUUACCUGUUGGCAGCAAUGUCCCGGAGAUGGAAUCUUUUUUCCUCUCUUGAUAACUAGCUGCUUGAAGCCCAGGGCCCUUCCCCCUUUGCAUUCCCCUUUAGAGGAGGCCCUACUGCUCUUCUCUGUCUGGUUCAGAACUUUCCCUUCUUGGCAUGUCAUCUGGGCUACAUGCAUAUGGGCAGCUAUUUAUUAAUCUGCGAAAUCCAAUCACUUACCCACCCUUGAUAUCUGGGAGGGGGUAGUCUUUGUUUUAAAGAAGGAUUGUUUCUUUUGGAGGGCAAUUUAUGUCUGGACUAUGAAGGGGGAGUAGUUCCCCCACAAUUAGUUACCUCUCAGCUUUUAAGAAAAGAUGAAAUCCAAUCUUGAUACAGUGGGUCACACUUUUUAGAAUCCUUAUACCCCAGAAGCAUUUCUGUAACAGUAAUGGGUUUCGGUUUAGUACUGGAGUUUUCUUGAGACUAGUUCACAGAAAUUUCUUGCUCAAGACUGUAAAGAUGGUUGCCUCAUACUAAUUUUUCCAAUUAAUCAUUCACUUAACCUCUCCCACCCUCUGGAAUUUAAAUUUCUUUCUCUGGGCUAGUCCUGGAAGUUGAUACCUUUUGUCAGAGCUUAGACUUAGGAGAGGUCUUUGAGUCCCUGUUCAGAUGGUCUGUGAUUUCCUCUUUGCUUAACCUCUGCCUGCAAACCUGGCAGAUCAAACUAUAUGUCACGGAUGCCAGGUGGAAAAUAUUACUGAAAUGAAACAGAUUUUCCAGGUUGUUUAAACUCUCCCUCUGCUACCUUUCCAAGUGAGGGAAGCUGGCAAAAGAGAUGCUGCAAUGCUUGAUAAUCAUUUGACCACAAUGAAACUUCCAAAUGGAGCUCUUGCUGGUGCUUAAAACCGAAAUUCCUGAGCAUUUCAAGCUUAGAGGAUCCUAUGAAUUUAGUGUGGAAUAUCCAUGCUAGCCCCUCAGUGUAUCCCUUCCCUCUUCAUUUUAAUCUUAAAAAAAAAAAAAAAUCCAGGCCCACGCCAAGGGUAAUUUCUACUUGAAGCCACGGGAGUGGGAAGGAACACUACAUAGAGCAGAGAUGACGGGCAGGUUGUGUGAGUGAGCCAUCCUGCUCCUAGCGUCUGUAUCCAAGCCACUGAGUACUGUGAGCCAGUGCCUUUCCUUCACCUGAAGUUGGAGCCCAUCUCUCCACCUGGGUGAGGAUGCCCUCUGCUACCCCAGAGGGUAAACCCUAAAGAAGGUGUUUGGGAGAGCCCAGAGGACACUUACAGAUUUGGUUGUCCAUUUUAGGUGUCUUUAAAGUAUUUUACAAAGAAGAUGCCCUUCCCCACCUUAGUGCCACCAGUGGCCCACUUCCAUCAUUCUAACUGGAGAAGUGGAAGCUGCUGGCACUUCCCUUGGUCUUCCCUUCCUCUCCCUGGUGUGGUUGUCCCCUCACCUCUCCCAUCCAUUUCACUGUUGUGGAUGGAGAGCAGCGGGCACUGUGCAGUCUUUGAGGCAGUUCUGUGUGAUUCCAUGAUAGGUUUUUUGUUUGUCUGUUUUUUAACCGUCCUUCAAAACCAGCAGUUUAGAAAUUAAGAAAAACAUUAAAUUCUCACCAAUGGUUGCUGUUACAGUUAAAUCAAUAAAGAUCUUGAAUAUCAA